UUCCUCUCCAGGAGACCUGGGUUUUGCACAAGCCGGCCUUGAAAUCAGUCUUUAGAGCAACUCCGAGAGCGAGUGCUCAGCGUUCGUGAGCUUGGCCAGCGGCGCGCGCUCGGCGCCCCGGCGCCCCCAGCCCCACGCGCGCCGGGCGGGCGCCAUGGAGGAGGGCUCCAGCUCGCCCGUGUCCCCAGUGGACAGCCUGGGCACCAGCGAGGAGGAGCUCGAGCGGCAGCCCAAGCGCUUCGGCCGGAAGCGGCGCUACAGCAAGAAGUCGAGCGAAGAUGGCAGCCCGACCCCGGGCAAGCGCGGCAAGAAGGGCAGCCCGAGCGCGCAGUCCUUCGAGGAGCUGCAGAGCCAGCGCAUCCUGGCCAACGUGCGCGAGCGCCAGCGCACCCAGUCGCUCAACGAGGCCUUCGCGGCGCUGCGCAAGAUCAUCCCCACGCUGCCCUCGGACAAGCUCAGCAAGAUCCAGACGCUCAAGCUGGCCGCCAGGUACAUAGACUUCCUCUACCAAGUCCUGCAGAGCGACGAGAUGGACAGCAAGAUGACCAGCUGCAGCUACGUGGCCCACGAGCGCCUCAGCUACGCCUUCUCCGUGUGGCGCAUGGAGGGCGCCUGGUCCAUGUCCGCCUCUCACUAGCCGGCCGCCACCUCCGGACCCGCGCGCCAGGGGUAAUGUUUUGCUUUAAAGUGGAUUCAACCCGAAUUCUUUAAAGCUGCACAGAACCUGCAUCACAUCUAUUUAUUGGCAGAUCUUGGUUACAGAGAACCUAGAAGGUCAGGUGGGUUUCGGGCGAAGGAGCCCAUGGCCGAACCGUACAGACAUCACCAUGGACUGUGGUCUCGCACAGCCGCGCUGCCUUAGCGAGAGCUGCAGGCCGCCACAACAGGCUCUUGCGGAACCCAGUGCCCCAAAGCCCGCGGUGAACAGAAGGCUGGCUCCCACCGCAGGAGCGGCACCCCAGGAAGGCAGAUGCUGCAGACAGCCACGCAGCUUCACUCAGAGCCCAGGGUCUCUGCAGGAUCUUCACAGCUCAGCUGUCUUUCAAAUACAACUAGUUAUUUCUGGCUUCCGAACUCAAGGGUAUUGUCGCAGCCAGUGAAAAGCUGCGGGGAGGACCUGGAGACACGCCCGCUCUGCCAGACGCACAUGCACACGUGACUUCGCUGAGGGAUGCCGAGGCCAGGUCUGCCAGAGAGGAAGAAACUGGAAGUGCUUUUAGAUGUGCAAACAGUCUUGAGUGUAUUUUCAAAAUCGUUCUGGGCUGGCCCGGUGGCCUGUUGUUCAAGGGAGCCAGAUUCCACAUGGUCAACCACACAGUUCACGUCCCAGCCCUGGAGGCUUGACAAUCACAGCGGGCACAUGUGCAUGCACGCCCAAGGUCCUGAAGGGAGGGAGGGGUUCUGGUGCACCCAUGCCCCACGGGAGUGUGUCUCCCUCUGUCUCUGUCUCUCUGUGUGCCCAUGCACCUUCUGGCAAAUUAAAAAAAAAAAAGAAAAGAAAAAAGAUUAAAAAACAUUGCCAGGCUCUCCUAGGCACGGUCUACUCACCCGCGUCGCAGCAGGCUCUAGGGUGCAAAAGGCUCCUUCUGCCGCUGCCUUUCACCGAGCCACCCUGGGCCUGGUGGGAGUCUCGCAGGCACUCCCUGGGUGGCAGCCGAGAAGAGCAGCUGAUUCUGACCCCGUCACUCAGCCUGAGUCACUGACGCGGAGUGACGAGAGUGUACGAAUCCAGCCAGGAGGGACGUGAGCAAACUUGG